AUGGAGAGAAGUACUGCUCAAUUUAGCUCAGAUAUAGAAUAUAGACCUGCAGAAAUUUCAGCAACUAAAAUGGGUAAUAAGCGAAUUAAGGCAGCGGCUGAAAUUAAAUCAAGUGUUUGUGCAUUGUUAGUAACAGCGAACAGAGACUUUGGUCCAAAAAAAUCAACAUCUUUGUUCGCUGUUACUAACAGCGUACAAAAGCAGAACUGGUCAAAACAAGUCAAACUUUUAUUCGCUGGUUUUCUCAAACAAGUCAUUUACUUCUUCGAUGAAGAUGUUUCAUUUUUUGAUGUAACAAGAUACCCAACACAAUCUACUCGUACUUGUAGACUGUAUUUGUUGGUUUACCAUUUGGAACUUGAAAUGCUUAAUGGGAAACUGUUUGUUGUUCCCAAUUCAACCACCGUAUACGGCGGAUUGCUUCUGUGGAGCCCACUUAAGCGAUGGCGGAGGAGGACUGAUAUUUUCUGCGUUUCAUCAAUUACUAAUAAGCACCAGCAAAAUCAUUACUCAGUUUUAGGAAUUUCCCCUUCUGCUUCUUCUGAUGAUAUCAAAAAGGCUUAUCGUCUUCUUGCCCGUAAGUGGCAUCCUGAUGUUAGCAAGGAUUCACAAGCCGGCGAAGUUUUUAAAUGUAUUCAUCUUGCAUACCAAGUUUUAUCGAAUGAAGCAACAAGGGUUCAAUACGAUAGGGUGCUUAAACAUGACGAUGAACCCAUCACAAGAAAUACUUUUGAUUAUUCUGAUUAUGAAUACGAAUUAAGAAGGCAGAAAUGGAAUGAACUCAAGCAAAAGAUUCGAAAUGAUAGAUACCACAAACGAUAUAACGACGGAGGAGAUAAAUUUUCUUUUUUUGAACAAUCGGACGAAGAACCUGAAGACAUGGCAGAAGAUGAAAGAGGUCCGUUUUCUGAAGUUCUUCAAUCUGCUUUUCUCUCCGUAUUCCUAGCGCAAACAGUCGGCUUCCAGUUAUCUCUCAUGUUUAGCACCCUAAUGGCUUGGUUUGAUGGAAAGUUAGACGCUGGGUAUAAAUUCGGUUACUUGAUUGCUUGGAUUCUUGGUGGUAAAGGGGGUGUUCUGCUUUCCUUGUGCCUCUCGGUUUUAAGUUGGGCGUGCGGCAAAAAUAGCAGCAGCAAUGUCUCUUUAGUGGUCGUAGCCAUCUGGGUUGGAUCCAAUUUUUUGAGCUGCGCACCACUUCCUCAAGGUGCACUCCUCGCACUCCUAUACAUGUCUGCUAAAUUACAGGUCGAUUUAAGCUAAACGUCUGCUUUCUUUGUAUAUUAUCGCUUAUGUGUUUGUACAUAUCGUGUUAGCAACGAUUCAAUUUCAUUUCACCAACAGCAAAUGCUUCUGGUGUAACCGUCUCAUCGUCUUAUUAAGCUUUUAUACUUUGUAAAAGAAUGAUCAUCUUUUGAGAAGACAAAGUCUUGUUCAGUUGUGCUGA